CCUUGUUCUCUAGAGACGACGACUGGGGGGCCGUAGAAACCCUCGAAUUCGAAGAAGCCGAGAACCAAGCAGGCGAGACUCUCGGAGCUCCCACUCUCCCUCUCGCGCUCGCCUCAGUGGCGAAGUAGAAGCGAAGAAGAAGAGGGAGAGAGGAGGCGAGAAAGAUGGGGAGGAAGGGGCAGAAGAAGGGGAAUGGAGGGGAGCAGCAGCCGGUCGUCGUCACCGAGGCCACCCGCAUUCAAAUAGGCAAAAUCCUCGAGGAGUUCCGAGUCUCAGAUGCGAAAGUUUACACAUUUGAACCUGGUUUGUCGAAGCAUGAACGAGCUGCAAUUCAUGAAAUGUGCAGAAAAAUUGGUAUGAUAUCAAAAAGUUCUGGGUAUGGAGAACGUAGAUGUCUUUCUGUAUACAAAAACAGAAAGAAACAGGGAGCUAUUAAGAAUGAAGAAGAGACUGUUACUUGCUUGAAAUUUUCAGAAGAAACAAAAAAUGUCUUACGGGACCUAUUUACACGUUUUCCUCCUGAUGAUGGGGAGUUGAGGGAAGAAGCACUCAGGAGUUCUAGCAAAAAGGCCGGUAAACGGCAAUGGAAGCAAGAUAGUAGCUUUUUCAAACCAUCAAUGCACAAGUCUGAAAUUGCAAAGAAGGUGGAUCAGCUUACAUCUAAGAUAAAUGGGUCUGCACAGCUGAAAAAGAUCAUGGAAGACAGAGCUAAACUUCCAAUUGCAUCCUUCAAGGAUGUCAUCACAUCAACAUUGGAAACUAACCAGGUGGUGCUGAUUUCUGGUGCGACUGGUUGCGGUAAAACUACUCAGGUCCCUCAAUACAUCUUGGAUCAUAUGUGGGCAAAAGGUGAGGCAUGUAAAAUUGUGUGUACACAACCCAGGCGCAUAUCAGCCAUUUCAGUUGCUGAGAGAAUUGCUUAUGAAAGAGGGGAAACUAUUGGAGAAAAUGUAGGAUAUAAGAUACGUCUGGAGUCUCAAGGCGGAAAGAACUCAUCCAUAAUGUUCUGCACUAAUGGAGUUCUUUUGAGAUUAUUGAUCAGCAGAGGUGCAAAUUCAUCCAAGGCAGAAAUGGGAAACAAGAAGCUGGAGGAUGGUAUCAUGGGAAUAACCCACAUUAUUGUGGAUGAAAUUCAUGAAAGGGACAGGUUUUCUGAUUUUAUGCUGGCAAUUCUCAGAGACAUCCUGCCUUCAUAUCCUCAUCUUCGAAUGGUACUCAUGAGUGCUACUAUUGAUGCCGAGCGAUUUUCGCAGUACUUCAAUGGAUGCCCCAUUAUUCAGGUCCCCGGCUUUACGUAUCCAGUCAAAACUUUCUAUUUGGAGGAUGUCCUUUCUAUCUUAAAAUCUACAGAUGAUAAUCAUCUGGAUCGUGUGGCCAUAAGUGGUGUGGAGGAAGGUACUUCAUUGACAGAAGACUACAAAAAUGCCCUAGAUGAAUCAAUCAAUCUAGCUUUGUCAAAUGAUGAAUUUGACCCACUGCUAGAACUGAUUUCUUCUGAGCAAACACCAAAAGUCUACAACUACCAGCAUUCGUUGACUGGUGUAUCACCAUUGAUGGUGUUUGCUGGAAAGGGCAGAAUAGGAGAUGUAUGCAUGCUCCUGUCAUUUGGUGCUGACUGUUCUUUAUGUGCCCAAGAUGGAAGCUCCGCUCUGGAUUGGGCUCAGCAGGAGAAUCAGCUCCGGGUCUGUGAAAUUUUAAAAAAACACAUAGAGAAAGAUAUAUCAAAGUCAGCAGAGGAGGAGGAGCUACUUGGCACAUACCUAGCAAGCAUUAACCCGGAGCACGUUGACACUGUACUGAUAGAGAGGUUAUUAAGAAAAAUAUGUACUGAUUCCAAGGAGGGAGCUAUCCUAGUGUUUCUUCCGGGAUGGGAUGACAUAAAUCAAAUCAGAGAGAGAUUGCUUGCUUCUCCAUUUUUUCGAGAUCCAUUGAAGUUUGUGAUUCUCUCUCUCCAUUCUAUGAUUCCAUCUGCAGAGCAGAAGAAAGUUUUCAAAUGUCCACCUGUUGGUGCCCGUAAAAUUAUUCUCUCAACAAACAUUGCAGAGACUGCUGUUACCAUUGAUGAUGUUGUGUAUGUGAUAAACAGUGGUCGGAUGAAAGAGAAAAGUUAUGAUCCUUAUAACAAUGUAUCUACUCUGCAGUCUUCUUGGGUUUCAAAAGCUAGUGCAAGGCAGCGUGAGGGACGUGCUGGUCGUUGUCAGCCUGGAACUUGUUACCAUCUGUACUCGAGAACACGUGCAGCAUCUCUACCAGAGUACCAAGUUCCUGAAAUAAAACGGAUGCCAAUUGAGGAACUCUGUUUGCAGGUCAAGUUGCUUGAUCCAGAUUGUGGAAUAGUAGACUUUUUGCAGAGAACUUUGGACCCUCCAGUUCCAGAAACUAUCCGUAAUGCAAUCAUUGUUCUUCAAGACAUUGGUGCCUUAACAGAUGAUGAAAAGCUUACAGAUCUUGGGGAAAAGCUUGGUUCCCUUCCUGUUCAUCCAUCAACUAGCAAGAUGCUAUUAUUUGCUAUCUUGAUGAAUUGCCUAGAUCCUGCAUUAACACUAGCAUGUGCAUCAGAUUAUCGAGAACCAUUUAUUCUGCCAAUGGCUCCCGAUGAGAGGAAGAGAGCUGCAGCAGCCAAAGUUGAACUGGCUUCCUUGUAUGGUGGCUAUAGUGAUCAGCUUGCAAUUGUUGCAGCAUUUGAUUGUUGGAAGCGUGCAAAAGACAGGGGUCAAGAAUCACAGUUUUGCUCCAAGUAUUUUAUCUCUUCAAACACCAUGAACAUGUUGUCUAACAUGCGGAAGCAGCUUCAGAGCGAAUUGGCAAGAAAUGGUUUUGUUCCUUCAGGUAUAUCUAACUGUAGUUUAAAUGCCCAAGAUCCAGGCAUCCUGCGGGCGGUCCUCAUGGCUGGUACUUAUCCAAUGGUGGGAAGAUUGCUCCCCCCUCGCAAAAAUAGUGGUAAAAGAGCUAUUGUGGAGACGGCUAGUGGUGCCAAAGUUCGCUUGCAUCCACAUUCCUUGAACUUUAAUUUAUCAUUUAGCAAAUCAACUGGUAGCCCACUUAUAAUUUAUGAUGAGGUUACCCGUGGAGAUGGGGGGAUGUACAUAAAAAACUGUUCUCUGGCUGGGCCAUAUCCAUUGUUGUUACUUGCAAUGGAGAUGGUUGUUGCUCCUGCAGAUGACGAUGAUGAAAGUGAUGAAGAUGAAGCUUCCAGUGGUGAGGAAGAUGAGAUGGAAAUGAACACAUCUUCUGGAAAGAGUGGAGAGGAGAUUAUGUCUUCUCCUGAUAACACUGUAUCAGUCGUCGUUGACCGAUGGUUAAGAUUUGAAUCAACAGCACUCGAUGUUGCUCAGAUUUACUGCUUACGAGAACGGCUAUCUACUGCUAUCUUAUUCAAAGUCAAGUAUCCACAGGAAGUCCUACCUCCUGCACUUGGGGCAUCCAUGUAUACCAUUGCUUGUAUUCUUUCAUAUGAUGGAUUGCCGAGUAUAGUGCCUCGUGAAUCAAUGGAUCCCCAAAAAUUGAAGGCAGAUGCCACUGACAUGAAUCCGGGAAGGAGAGCAAUUGGAUAUAUUUCACCUGGCAAAUUCCUUAUAUCUUUAAUAUCAGAUAAAGUCGGAAAUAAAUCGCAUUUCCACAAGAACAGGGCAGCAGUGCAUGGUAGUGCCAUCUCAACAGGCUCCCUGCCACAUGCCCCAGUUGACAGGUUCCAACAACAAGGGCCUGCCUUAAAUGGACGAGGUUCCGGUGGUGCUGCACCAAGGGUCAGGUCUUCUAAACGGCAGCGCAAGAGUGGGUCCCAAUGAGAAGUGAUAGGUCCGAAGCCCAUUUUUAAUCAUUUUCGAUUAUAUUGGCUUGAUACCUAGGCCCCAUUGAGGGAUCCACAUGAUGUAAAAUUGGAUGGGUCUAUUCAAGGGUUAUCAAUGGAUUAUUCUUCUAUAUCUAACCAGUAUCUUUGGCUCUCUCCUGAGGUACGGCAGGACUUCAUUCAACAUCAAUGAUUGAAGCAAAAUGUUUGUGAUGAAUGCUUUGAGUUGCUCAGGACACUGCCUGCUGCCACGUAAAGCUAUUUUUCCCUGGACAUCAUUUCACCAGAUGUGUUGUACUCUAUGGCUAUUGAUUUUUAACUCUGUUGCAUCUUACUGAUCUGGUGAUUCUGACCGCACCGGUUAAGAAGUCCAUUUUGUGGCAGCAUGCUAAAGGUGCUGAGAAGUUGGUUGAGCUUUCCACUUUAUUUAGGAAAGUGCUGGGAUCUGUACCACUAAUCAAUUUGUUAAUGCAGUGAUAUAAUCUACAUCUUUGCGUGGAUUGCUAACUGGUAUGGAGCCUUUGAGCAUGUUACAGAGCAAAUAACACAGUAAUGAAACAGAGGAACAGAGAAAAGAAUUGAGGCAAUUGCUGAUUUCGACGGGGCUAUUUCAAUUGGGAAAACAGAAAUUACUUGUAGAAUAAUAUAUAUUCAUUAAUCCCUCAUCAGUUUAGUUUUUGUAAAAUUGAUUCUCCUGUCUAGGUGAUUUUAAAGAUGAUAUUUAUUAAACUAGACAUUCUUUGGCCUAAA